UCAGUCAGUUAUUGGUCAAUAUGUCAACCAAGCGGAUCAUAGCCCUAUUUGGAUUGCUAACUAUCCACCAGACCCACGCGGAUGUGUCGCAUUUCUUCGCUUCGCCAUUGGAACACUACGGAAACUAUCUGCAUGGCCAAGUGCCAUUCCAAGUGGGACUAUCGCCUUCGAACCUGUAUGGACCUCCGCCUGCUGCUCCCAUAACUCCUGCCCCAGUGGCUCCUGUGGCCACCACCGAGUUUAGUCUGCCGGAGAUCAUUGAAAAUCGCAGUGUGAAGAUUCAGGGAUCGGGACAUGGCAACUUUAUACCUCUGAGUCAGCACUAUCUACCGCCAGCUGUGGACGAGCGUCCCAACUACGAAAGCCCCAAACCAAGCGAGGAGUCUUAUCCAGCUUACUACUAUCCCCAACCUGGAGGAAGCAUCAUAACCACCUCCACACCCACCACUACCACUACUUCGAGACCCAUAAUUGUACAAGAUCCUGGAGACGAUGUUGAGACGAUACAUUCGCCAGGCUACGACUAUCAUGCCCCAGUGGCUGUUCCAGUAUUCCCCCAAAAACCAUCCACUCCUGCUCCCGUUUACCUGCCACCCAGUGAUGGAAACCAGGAUCAAAAUCAACUGAGACUGCGGCUAAAGGACAUGCGUUGCCUUUCGGCGGGUUACUUUCGAGCUGUUCUCAAGUUGGACAGCUUUUUGGGUGCAGCACCGACUGUGGACCAGGACAAUGAUGAUCAGCAGGAUAAACGCUGUGAAUUGAGGCUGUCUCGAAGUUUUCUGCUCUUGGACAUUUCUGGCGAGAAUUUUGAGCGGUGUGGUGUGAGAUCCUGUGGCCAGGAUCUUUGUCUGCGUUUGCGAUUCCCCGCCAUCAGAGGGUUAAGAACCAGCGGAGAUUCGAUCUUAACCCUACACUGCAAGGCUCAAGAGCGAGUGGCUGUCAAAACGCAUGCCCUGAAAAUGGGCGUGGCCAAUGAUGUACAAGCUCGCAGUGGAGGUAGCUACGCCCAUGGAGGCGAUCAAAAUGCUUUCCGCACCCACGUGGAGUUGCUGAGAAAAGGAAGCACUGGAUACACGCGUCAUUUGGAAAACAACGGUGCCGUCCAGUUGGGCGAAGAGCUCCUUCUAAGAGCCCACGUUCUGGCCGGAGAUGGCUGGAACUACACCAAACUCAGUGAUGUUCAGCUCCAGAGGAUUGCAACCGGUGGAGAGAUCCUUAACACGGUUCAGUUGGUCAGUUCGAGGGGCUGUCUAAAUCCCGCCAUGCAGGCUAUCUGCGCCCAUCCACCCAUUCUGGAACCUCCGCUUGGCCAGAGACUGCACUUCAAGGCGGUCAUGUUCCCUGGGAUGCGAAGUGGGGAGGUUCUGGUCAUAUCCAUGCGCAUCACUGGCUGCUUGGAACGCGAGGAUUGCCAGGUGACGGCCCAAGAUUGUUUGCCAUCGGUGGGCCAACGGAGGCGACGGAACGUUUCGCACGGCAAUAGCACCGAAGUCUCGGAACUCUCGCAUCUCACCUUCCGCGUGCUGAUGCCCGGUGAAGAGGAUGUGUCUCCAAAGGAUCGGGAUAUUGAGAUUGGAGAUUCCGGUAUCAGGGAGACAUCCAAAUCUUUAGCUCUCUUUGGAAGUUUGGGAUUUGUGGUGAUGCUAAUGGGUGUUGCUGUUGUGGCAUUGUAUAAAUUUGGAAAAUAGUUCAAUUUGAAUCUUAAUUUCUUUCCAUUAUUUCUAACUACAUGAAUAUACCCCUUUUAAGACAGAAAUCCUUAUCUAAUUUGUGUAUAAGUGGUUUCCCUGCUUACCCAUCCAUUAAAAGCAGUCACAAAACGCCAUCAAUAGCAAUCGUAUCUGUAUCUGAGGCGCCAAUCUUGAAGUGACUUUUAUCUAUCUGGCUGCCAAGUAAAUUGACUUAUCGCCACUGCGAAAUCAACAACGAGCCAAUGUUUGCCCAUUUCGAGAUUAAAACAGAAAUUAGCACUUAAUAAAAUGUAAUUUAUGUUCAUGUCGCCAGUGAUUGAGCGGACCUGAGAAUAAAAUCUU